AUGAUGCCAAAGCUUGCUUUGAUAAAAGGAAGCUUUCUUUGGCGAUUCAAAUAUGUAUUCAUCGUCAUUGUUCUCACCGUAUUGCUGCUAGGCCUUUACUAUGUGCUUGGAUUGCUUUAUGAUCAGGCUUGGUAUUACUGGACACCUCAUAGCCCAUUUGAUAUCACUUACAAGUUGAAGGGCAAAAUUUCCUAUUGGCUUGUCUUUAGUCAAUUCGUUGGUAGUGUUUUGUCAAUCUUCAUUACUCCAUUUGCUAUCUAUUUUCCGAUGAGAAACGAUCGUUUAUCUCUUCCAGUUCGCUUACUAGCAGUGAACGAAGGUGUGGCUAGAGGAAUCUACUCCGUUGUCUACACGUGUGCGUGGGGAUGUGAUUAUAUCAAAAAAUUACCAAAUGGACAAAAAAUAUGUUCAUACCAGUUGGAUGACGCAUUUUCGACGGUGGCUGGGUAUGUACUUGAUAGCUCAAUGAUGAAAGAUGUAGUGCAUAACGUGGCUCAAUUUAGCCAACUUCUCAUCUCGCUCAGGCGAUGCUCACCGAUUCGGUCGAAGACAAGACCAACAACA